GUUAUGCGCUGUGCCACCCCCGGCCGCUCCCUGCACUGCUAGCGGCUUUCCUCCGGUGGCUGUUCACUCGCCCUUCGGUGCCAGAGGCCAAGCGAGCCGGCACCCCCGCGGUUCCCGCGCAGCUGACCCCGUUUAGCCCCUGUGCCCUGCCCGGGGGGCCGCGGCCGCCCCCCUGGCUCACCCGGCCGGGCGAGGAACGGAGCGGGUUGGGGCGGCUGGGCCUCCUCUUCCUCCUCCUCCACCCGCCCCGUGGCCGCGCCCGGCGGGUGAGGCGAGGCCCGGCGCGGAGCUCGGCGCUGCCGCCGGCCAUGGCGUACCAGGAGCUGGUGAGGCGCUGGCAUGAGGGCGUGCUGGCCGCCGACGGCGGGCGCUGGGAGGCCGCCCUGGACAUCUUCGCCGGCAUCCCGGAGCCGCCGUCCCGGAUCUGCUUCAACAUGGGCUGCCUGCACCUGCUGGCAGGGCGGCCGGGGGAGGCCCUGCGGGCAUUCGACAAAACUGUUGCGAAGGACAGCUCCCUAGCCGUUGGCUUCUUUCAGAGAGGGUUUGUCCAUCUGCAGCUGGAAAUGUACGAAGAAGCUCUCUCUGACUAUCAUAUGGCCUUCAGUCAUCUAAGACAAAAUCCCUUCAUCGAUUACAAGCAGCUGGGGCUAAGACACAUUCUCUAUGCAUGGGAGGUGCUGUACAGCACUGCAGCAGCACAGUGCCACCUGCAGCAGUGGCAGGAGGCCAGGGUCACCCUAGAUAAGGCUGUUGUAUGGAGACCUGAAGGAAGAACAGCAAUCCUGGACCUGGCGCUUGAGCGGGUGCAGGACCAUCUGUUUUUAGAGCCCAUGCAGGUUCCUCUUAGGGAAUUUUUCAGACCACGAAAGAAGGAAGUUGAACAGCUGGAUUCAAAAGACUUCCUGGGUAAACCCAAGGUGAUCUCGUCCAUCAACCCCAAUGAUGAGUACAUUGGCUUCGAGCCUCUCAGGCCUCAGAAACAGGGCUUUUAUGAACCCAGUACUGAUGCUCUGCGAGACAGUGAGUCAGGCUACUACAGAGUUUUGUCCCAUUAUUACCCUGAGGACUCGGAGAAGUUGGCAGUGAAAGCCAGCAGUUUGGUCUUUGUGCUGACCAGAGGAGCGGAUGGCUGGGCUACAGCCAUACAUGAUGGACAGAAGCUGCGAAUACCAAGCUCUCUCCUGGAGCCUGCCUCACAAGCGGAUAAAUGGAACAUCAGCAAUGGGAUUCCCCUUCCUCCUGCCCAGGUGCCUCCCAGCCGACUCCAUGUGAAGCAGAAGCCAGAAUCUCCAGAAAGAGGAAAUGCCUCUGAAAAUGAUACCAGUGCCCAAGUGGACUUCAAGCAGAUCCCACCAACCUGUGGAGAAGCUUCAUCCAGCACGGACAAGCCUGUUGUGCUGAGAGCGUGUUGCGAGUGCACCGUGGUGCUGAGGGCAGGCAAGGCGCUGUCUCUGCUGGACCUGCGGGCUCUGCUGAGGGAGCGGUUUGGGCAGCAGGCAGAGCGAGGGAAGCUGAGCUACAGGCAUUUGGAUGGCAAAGAACUGGGUGCAGUUUUGGGAGAGGAGGAUCUAGGGAAGAUGUGGCAGCAGCUGACAGAUGGCAGGCUGAUGCUCUGCUGCCAGGACUCUGACUCCCACUCGGGCAGACCGAUCCUCUACCGGAUGCUGGCUCAGCACUCUUACCUCGCGCAAGGACCGGGGGACUUGGAGUUCAGCAAGGGGGAUGUGCUGGAUAUUCUCUCUGAAGUGAACGAGGACUGGCUUGAAGGACGCUGCAAUGGCAAGACUGGCAUCUUCCCCAAAUGCUUUGCAACCCAGACCAGUUGUGGUGCUGCCUUCCUAUAGCGAACAGUCCCAGCUCAUUUGGGCCACAGCCAGCACAGCCAGGAGCCCUGCUGAACCCAGAGAGGAGAUGUCCCCCACUCACAGAUCCCAUGGGGUCAGUUCCAGCAGUCCAACAGCAUUUUCUACAGCCUAUUCUCAGACUUGGCAUGUGUACCUCUGUGCUUACACUGCCAAAGAUGUGCCUGUGCAGGGCAGAGGGAAGGGAGGGGGAUCUGGUAUACGGCUAUGGGAAUUGUCCAUGUGGCAGCUCAGACUGGAGGGGCUCAGACUGCUGGGUGGCAUGUGGUUCUUCUGGGUGGCCCUCACCCCACUCUCCCUUGUUGCUCAAGUUCAGGCUGGGAAGGCUGAGCCUCACUAGUGAAGCCAAGGACAGCUGUCUGUGAGCAGCAGGCAGAGCUGUGUCACUCAGCCUCCUGGGUCACAUCUCCUUAUCUCCACCAGAGAGAGGGAUGCUGCUCUUUUGAAAGGCUUUUGUAAGCAGUUUGCAGUGGGGUAUAUGGGAUAAGACCUUGGGUUAGGACCACUAUGUACCAUCUUCCAUGGCAAAUGUCCCAUGGAUCUGCCAGAGCCAAAGGGGUCUGACCAUUCCUCAGCCCAGAUGCCUUUGGUUCUUCUCUUAAGAUGUUAAGUCCUGCAGUAUGUUACUGCUUCAUACUGCAUGGGCAGGGGUCCUGCAGCACGGAGGAGAGGUAGCUGUGGGAAUGCCACUGCUCAGACCAACCCUGGGCUUUGGCAUAGCCUUGGCCUGUCUGGGGAGAGAGCUAGGUGGAGCGGGGCUGCUGGCUGGAGCUGAAGGGACUGAAAUGACUGUCUGGUUCCUGCAGCUGAGCUGUGCUGGCUUCUGCUGAUCUAAAUAAAACACUCAAGUGCCUGGAGCUGGAACCUAUAAUGGAUUUGGUGCCUGAUAAAGCUGGGCUAUGUAACUUGAAUAUAAAAUAAACCCUGAGCCAGAGUUGGCAACUCUUAAA